AUAACUCCAUAGUGCAUGCACUGUACGUGUCCAUCGUCACAGAGCCUUACUUGUCCAAUCGAUCUUUUCUUCUUCUUCGCCUUCUCCAUUGCUUUGUCGUCCAAUCUCUCUUCUUGGCCUUACCAAGAUGAAGCUUGCUUGCGUUAUUAUGGCAACAGUGGCUCUGGCAGCGGCGGUGGUGGCGGCUCUGGCGGCCGCACCACCGCGCUUCAUUGACAUCACCACCCGUGAUGUGGACGGAAUUGCGAUGUACGGCAGCCCCCACGGCCUACGGAACUUCACCCACAAAAUAUCGAGCAUCAGGGACGGGGCUCCGGCCAAUGUGGCCAACUUCACCCUCACCACCCACACCGGCACCCACGUCGAUGCCCCGGGGCACUUCAACCAAACUCUCUUGGAUGAAGGCCUCGAUGUCGACUCUCUCGACCUCGAGACCUUAAACUGUCCUUGCUUGGUUGUUGAUACUCCCCGCGACAAGAACAUCACUGUUGAGGUGAUGAGGGGGUUGAACCUACUCCGGGGAACGGAGCGGGUGCUGCUGAAGACGCUCAACACGGACAAGAAAUUAAUGAACCAAUCGGAGUUUGACUGGAGCUACACCGCCAUGACGGCGGAUGGAGCUCAGUAUUUGGUGUCCAACACGGACAUCAAACUCAUUGGAAUUGAUUACUUGUCCAUCGGUGUUGCUGACCAGGUGGUGCCUGUUCACCUGACCUUGUUGAACGCCAAGGUCAUAAUCCCAGUGGAGGGAUUGAACCUGGACGGCGUGGCACCGGGAGCCUACACCGUGCACUGCUUCCCGCUGAGGUUGGUGGGCUUGGACGGGUCGCCGGCCAGCUCGAUGUCAACUUCUGAUUUGGCAGUGUUGGCUGCGGGCAUAUGGACAAUCUGGAAGGCCCGAAAUCAUGCUUGCUGGGAAUUAAAGGUAGUAAAACCUGAGAUCGUGGCGGAAUGGGCAUGUGAAGUACGCAUGGCCAGGGCAGGUGGUAUGUUGCAUGGUGACACGGUGUCGAUGCCAACGCACCAGAGGCCACAUCAGAUGAGUCGGCCGGAAAUAACACACUGCUUCGUUGAUGCUGCCGUGUUUGACCAAGAUAAUUCUACAUCGGUGGCGGCCGCUCUGCUUGAUGGCACUGGCAGGUUAUUCUUCCUUGCUUUACUCAUUUUCCCCGUCUUGGGGGUUUCCGCCGGCAAUGAUUGCCGCGAUGAUUCCGGCGCCGACGGCCAACAUCGGCUGGAGGCCCUGAAGUACAAGCUCAUAGCCGUUGCCUCCAUUCUUUCGAGCGGGGCGGUCGGCGUCUCGAUCCCGCUGGUGGCCGGGAGGAGGUUUCCGGCGUUCACGCCCGAGAGUAACCUCUUCGUCCUCGUGAAGGCGUUCGCUGCCGGCGUGAUCUUGGCCACCGGGUUCGUCCACGUGCUCCCGGACUCGUUCGAGAGCUUGGGCAGCCCAUGUCUGCCCGAGAAGCCGUGGGGCGAUUUCCCCUUCCCCGGCCUGGUGGCCAUGCUGGCGGCGAUCGCCACCAUGAUGCAUGGCCACGAGGCCGGGGAAGGGGAAUUCGCCCCACGGCAUCUAGGGCAGGCAUGGAUUGCCCGUGCUCUCGAACGCGUCCUGAAGCACGUGGACGAACCCGGCGGCCAAGAUCACGCCGGCAGCGAACGCCUUCACGAGGACAAAGAGGUUACUCUCCGGCGUGAACACCGGAAACCUCCUCCCGGCCACCAGCGGGAUCGAGAUGCCGACCGCCCGCUCGAAAGAAUGGAGGCAACGGCUACGAGCUUGUAGUACUUCAGGGCCUCCAACCGAUGUUGGCUGUCCGCGCCGGAAUCAUCGCCGCAAUCAUUGCCGGCGAAAACCCCAGAACCGGGAAAAUGAGGAAAGGAAGGAAGAAGAACCAAGUGGAAAACUUGUUCAGGGGUAAUUAAUUACUCCCUCCCUCCCGUGAAACAUUUCCCCUUUCUUUUUUUAUCCGUCCCACAAAACACUUCUCAUUUCUAUUAAAAAGUCACUUUUACC